AUGGUCUACAUGUUAAUUCUUAAAUAUACAUUCAAUUUUCCUUUGCAAACUGUUGAAGAUUUGGAUGAAGUAGAACAGUAUCUUCAAGAACCGAAUCAUUUUCAAUCCACUGUAAAACAAUUAUCAAAAAUGGGAGGAACAACUCCUUAUGAUUUUGUCAAGAGAUGUUUGUCGCUUCUUCUAUCAAAUAAAUUCUCUGAACAAUAUUCCUGGUAUGGUGCUAAAAAGAAACAAGUAUUUGGAAAACUAUUUCUCGCACGUCUGUUGCAAGAAAGUGCCCUGCAGUGUGAGGCAGCGAAAAAUCGAAAAGAGGUCGAGGAAGGCAUUAAAACUUGGCUAAGACGAGCAAAAGAAAGGGCAGAAAAGGAACAAAGAUAAAAUGCAUCUUCAAUACAUGGAAAGUUCAGACAUUUGAAAUCUGAGUGAAAUGCUAAAAGAUUGAUUAUUUCCCAAUAUAUUUCUUUUUCAUUCUAUAUGAAAUGGCAUCCUUACUUUUUUUCUGCUAAUUACACGCACCUGAACGCGUAACAUACGUGUAACACGUGAGCCCUGUUUAUUGACGCGAACGAGUCUUCAAGCUGUUAAAGGCCACAGCUGAUUUCAAACAUGGUUCCAUAAAUAUAUAGACAAUAUUCGGCUAUAUUAUCUUAUAUUUAAAAUAGUCUUAAGAUCACCUUUAGAUGCUUCACAACUCAUGAAAUGAUUUGUACAUCAUUUGAAGAUGAGUCUAAGACGAACUUUAUAUAAUUUUGUUAUGAAUGGAAAUAAUAAUAAAUAAUGAACGCAAAUUAAAGGCAUUAUUAUCAAAGUUCUUACUUAGAUAUUAAGUUUCAAACCAGUACAAGCUACUAGUCAGCGCAAUAAUAUGAAUAUUUUUA